AUGGAAAUCAAGACGCAGCUGGAACAGGAGAAGGCCUCGAUACGAACUGAAGGUUUGAAGCAGUCGCUGAUGGACCUCAACGCUUUCUCGACCACCAUGACAAAGCGCCUAGAUGAUACGUACUACUCGGUCCUCGAAAAGAUGAGCACUCUUCAAAACACGGUAUUUGCUCUGAAAGAUCUGGCUGAAGACUCUCAUAACCUGUGCGAAUCGUUCGACAAGGAGGCGAGAGAUUUAGAAAGCGAUAUUAUUCGUCAACUAAGUGCUGCUGGCCAAUUUGAAGAGCAGCAACGAAGAAUCUCGUCGCUCCAGAAACGCAUACACAGGGGCCGUGAUCAGAUACAAACCCUCGCGUCCAGGGUUGACGUAGUCCAGACGAGGGUUGAGAGGUGGGAACAGGCCGACAGGCGAUGGCAGGAAAAGACUCGCAAGAAACUCAAGAUUAUAUGGUCCGUUACUACAGUUCUGGCUCUGGUCAUGAUCGCUUUCAUAGUCGGCAUGAAUUACGCGAAUGUGGAAGGGCAAGGUGGAAUGCGGUGGAAUGCGAGCAUGAGCCCAAAUGUACCUCCGUGGUUGACUACGUUGAGUUCCCACCAUAGCGAGAGCACAGAAGAGUCUGGGAGGAGGUUGCUGUGGAAAGCGCCCCUCGGGGAUGACGAGAGGUUGCGGGCGUUUGAUGAAUUGUGA